GAUGGAGCGCACCUUGCGGCAGCCAGGGGCGCCCUAGGGCUGCUGCUCCUCUAAGGCUCUGGGCUGCGGGAUCCCAACCGAACCUGGCGCUCCCUGCUCCCUGUGCCCUCGCUGAUCUCUCCUUAAAGGAGAUUCUUUGUCGAAGGGCUAGCGAUCCUGCACCCUCUGGCCCCGCACUGGCCUAAUCCCCACCCCCACCCCGUCCCUUUCCACGGCCGCGGCUCCAGCGCCCUCCGGACCCCACAGCGCCACAGCCAUGGGCAUCCGAGGCAUGCUGCGAGCCGCCGUGCUCCUGCUGCUCAUCAGGACCUGGCUCGCGGAGGGCAACUACCCGAGUCCCACCCCGAAAUUCCACUUCGAGUUCUCCUCCGCUGUGCCCGACGUCGUUUUGGACCUUUUCAACUGCAAAAAUUGUGCAAGUGAAGCAGUGGUUCAAAAGAUUCUGGACAGGGUGCUGUCGAGAUAUGAUGUUCGUCUGAGACCAAAUUUUGGAGGUGCCCCUGUGCCUGUUAGAAUAUCUGUCUAUGUCUCCAGCAUUGAACAGAUAUCAGAAACGAAUAUGGACUAUACAAUCACCAUGUUUUUUCAUCAGACUUGGAAAGAUUCACGCUUAGCAUACUAUGAGACCAACCUGAACCUGACCCUGGACUAUCGGAUGCAUGAGAAGUUGUGGGUCCCUGACUGCUAUUUUGUGAAUGGCAAGGAUGCCUACGUGCAUGAUGUGACUGUGGAAAAUCGUGUGUUUCAGCUUCACCCAGAUGGAACAGUGCGGUAUGGCAUCCGACUCACCACCACAGCAGCUUGUUCCCUGGAUCUGCAUAAAUUCCCUCUGGACAAGCAGGCCUGCAAGCUGGAGGUGGAAAGCUAUGGAUACACGGUUGAAGACAUCAUGUUAUUCUGGGAAGGCGAUGGAAGUGCCAUGCACAUGACUGAGAAGCUGCAUAUCCCUCAGUUCACUUUCCUGGGGAGGACGAUUACUAGCAAGGAGGUGUAUUUCUACACAGGUUCCUACAUGCGCCUGAUACUCAAGUUCCAACUCCAGAGGGAAGUCAACAGCUACCUUGUGCAGGUCUAUUGGCCUACUGUCCUCACCACUAUUCUUUCCUGGAUAUCGUUUUGGAUGAACUAUGAUUCCUCUGCAGCCAGGGUGACUAUUGGUCUGAUUUCGAUGCUCAUCCUGACCACCAUCGACUCUCAUCUGCGGGAUAAACUCCCCCACAUUUCCUAUAUCAAGGCCAUCGACAUCUAUAUCCUCGUGUGCUUGUUCUUUGUGUUCCUGUCCCUGCUGGAGUAUGUCUACAUCAACUAUCUUUUCUACAGCCGGGGACCUCAGCGCCAUCAUAGGCGACGCAGGAGGCCACGAAGAGUCAUUGCCCACUACCGGUACCAGGAAGUGGUGGUGGGGAACGUGCAGGAUGGCCUGAUUAUCAUGGAAGACGGAGUCAGCUCUCUUCCCACCACCCCAGCGCAGGCCCCCCUGGCAAGCCCGGAAAGCCUCGGUUCUUUGACGUCCAUCUCCGAGCAGGCCCAGCUGGCCACCUCGGAAAGCCUCAGCCCACUCACUUCUCUCUCAGGCCAGGCCCAGCUGGCUACUGCAGAAAGCCUGAGCGAUCUCCCCUCCACCUCAGAGCAGGCCCACCUCAGCUAUGGUGUUCGCUUUAGUGGUUUCCAGAAUGAUGACAGUGUUGUUCCUACUGAAAUCCGCAACCGUGCCGAGGCCCAUGGCCAUGCUGAGACUCGUGACUCUGAAGACUCUGAUGGGAGCUUGAGCUCAAAUGAGAGCCACGGCUGUGGCCCCAGUGGGAAGCCUGUGCUUCACCGUGGCCAGGGGUGUGUGCAAGAAGCAAACCGUGAGCUUGAUGAGAUCCAUAGCUUACACGAUGAUGUCAAUGUUGAGAGCAUCUGCCUUGGCCUUGAGGAGCGACUCAAGUGUGAUGCUGAUAGUAUCUGGAGCCUGGAUGAUGAUGAGCUCAUGGCCAGUGGCCCAGAAAAGGACAGUAGCUCAGAGUCUGAGGAGAGUGCCCCCCCGAGCCCUGGGUGCGCCUUCACUGAAGAGUUCUCCUUCAGUCUCUUUAACCCUGACUGUGUCCCUAAGGUUGACAAAUGGUCCCGGUUCCUCUUCCCUCUCGCCUUUGGGUUGUUCAACAUUGCUUACUGGGUGUACCAUAUCUAUUAGUCCCCUGGUGGCCCCAGAGCGGCAGGGACACUGUCCUCUGCUCCUUUAUAGUUUCUUUUGGUUUUAUUUUUCCCUCUCUCCUUCAUGCAUUUUAUUUUGUGGCUUUGGGGGCAAUCUAAUCAGUUCAACACUUCUCUUUAUAAACAUGAGGUGGAGAGUGAUUGGAAAACAUGUAUUCUGGCUGGAAAGGAAGGGGCUGAGGAGGAGUUGGAGGUAAAGAGCACAUUGAUUUCCUUUCCUGCUAGAAGGCGCUCACCUUUUCUAAGAUUUCUCACAGCUAGUAAGCAUGGAAAAGCCCCUGGAAAUGUUUAGAGGACAGGGGGGAGCCAGGUUUCGGGACAGUAGAAGAAUCUAAGCCUUGCUCACAAACAUUUCUGGGAACUUUUCUGUCCCCCUGAGGUGGCAAAAUUUCUUUUUCAUGACUUUUUUUCUUCUUUUUUUUUUUUCCUCCUAGGGAUUAUGGACCUUGCUCACCCUCUGCUUAGGGCUUUAUAGGAAAAAGUCAAGCUGGGUUGGGCUGGGGUACACAGGGGAAGGGCUAGCCAUAGCUUGGAAGUUCAGGGAACUGGGCAUGGGAAACUAGGGGAGCAUUUGUAAGUGCCUUUUUCCCACUAUUUUUGUCAUAUUUAGAAUGUGGCAUGGUGGUGCAGGGUUGGGAGGGGAAUGUAGGUGGGUGAGGCUGAAGAGCAAGAUGUCAGGGUAGGUGACAGAGCACACACCCAACAGGAGCUUGCAGUGGGGCAGGGGGCAAGUCUAAGUUGGAGAUGAAACAGUUGAGCUGGCCUCUUUGGAGGAACUGGAACUUCUCUUGCCUAUAUUUCUGCUUCAGAAUGCCUGACACUAGGGACUUAAUACAUCUGUCUAAGUCAGGAGUUCGCUUGCUGGCAGAUGCUAAGUUGAUCACUAAUCACAGAGUAAGCACUUGGUGAAUAAGCACUAGGGUAGGGAACAUCACACUUGAGAUUUCACCAUAUGACCUAGACUAGCAGAUGCACAUCUACUGUAAAUCUGUAUACUAAUCCUUUCUAUUUCUCUAGUGCAUAGUGUCAACAAGCUCACUGACCCAUCACAUCACCGGACCUCACAGGACCCCCACAAGCCAGGAAAGGCAAAGCACAUUGUUCCCAGUGUUGCAAGGAAAACAAAUGGAGCUUAUGUACCGUGCUUGAGAGCAUGCAGCGAGUGAGUGGUAGAGCCACCCCACUUGCUCUUCCUUCUCCUGGUCCUCCUAGCUCUCUAAACCAAAGCAUCCCCCUUUCUUUCCUCCCCUUUGCAAAACGGGGCUCUGGCAGAGUCUGUCUCUUUAUCAGGCCCCCAACCUUAUUCUAUGGUACCUGGGGUGUCUCUGCAGGAACUGGCUGGUGACCAGCCAAUGAGUGUGAAGGGAGCAGAUGGAGAACAGGGGCACUGCCCACCCAGCAGGGCCCCUAGCGGCAGUAGGAUUGGCCUGCACUCCAAUUUGCCAAGCAGCUCCACCUCAUUGAUGGAGUCCAUGAGGGAAUGAGCUUUACCAAGCACUCAACCUGUACCCCCUUUCUCCUUCUGAAGCUUUUCCUGCAACACCUCACCCCUUUACCCACCUACCUUUAAGUAUGCUUCUGUGUUCGUGUUUCCUUGUUUACCUGGAUGUGUUCAUAUGCAUCGAGGUAGGUCUAUGUGCAUGUACAACCAUUCGAGAAUCUGUAUACUGCUGUGGCUAUCCGUGUAAAUCUAUAUUGGUAUGCAAAGAAAUGUAUGUACAACAACGUGUGGAUGUGUGUAUGUGGAUGUAUCCCCAUGAAAGUGUGGCUUGUGUGUAUAUGUAUGGGUGUAUGCUGAGUGUGUGUGUGUAUAAAUGCAUGUCUGCACACCUGUGUUUACCUGGCUUGAAUGAGUGUGAAGCAAAAUAUACCUGACAACAUAUAUAUUCCCUGUUGGCACCCUUCUAGAACCACCAGAUUCCUUUGGCCUGUUCCCACGUGGGGGAUGCCCUUUGGCUGUGUUGGUUAACUGACUUUCUUUCCAAUUCGCUGUUCCAGGAAGUGGCAUCUUCUGGUCCCCAUCCACUCCUCGUCCCCUCCCUUCACCCAUCUGUGCUGUCUCUUGGACAGAAGAGCCGGAGGAAAUGAAUGUAGUCCUAAGGAGUGGUAAUUUAGUGCCUUGAGGUAGGAAAUGCUGAGUCCCUGGGAUCAGCUACAAGUGCAGAGCAUUUUGCCUUGUUCUGGGAGGACAUGUUUAGGAGUAACAGGCUGGGGGGAGGGCCUGAAGGAUACAAUGAGAAUAGAAGCAUGCUGCAAACAAAGGGGUGGGAGAGCCAGCAAACUAGACAGGGUGUUGUCUAUAACCUUUAUUCCAAUUGCAUUGUAAGCCUGACACGUGUGGCAUUAUAUUGCCUAGAAUGGCUGCAGGUAUGGACUGUGGCGGUUACCAAUUUCGGCACAGGAAACACUUUAGUAGCCUAUCCUGGGAUGGCUUUUCACUGCUGGACUCCAGCAAUAGGCCCUAAGUUCCACCUUGGACUUGGAGUCUAGAACUCUCCACUUCCACCCUUCCAGGGAAAGCAAUAGUCAGAGGGGAGAGAAGGAAGUGCAAAGGUGCCCUAAGGACUGCCUGCCUCAGUGGGCCCAGCUUGUUGUCUCUUCCUCCCUUCUGCACAAACAUAUAGCUUCUCACACACACCCACACAGACCCACACUAUCACCCACGUGUGCAGUCACACACGGGGGGCACUCACCUUUAUCAGUAUAUACCUAUACGCACCCAGACCUGCACACACUCACAUAUGGCCACACAUAUUCACAUGCACAAUCACACAUUCAUGAGUGUGCAUGCACACGCGCGCGCGCGCACACACACACACACACACACACACACACACAUCUUGUAGGACAGUUACAAAUAAGAAAGUUGCCACCAGACUGUCAAGAUUCCCUCUUUAUUUUUGGGCACCCCACAGAGAGAUCCAGGUUGAGGGAAGAGCAGUAGCCUCAUGUCUGAAGCUCCCCACAUGGCUGUAGAAAGUCUGGCUUCCUGGAGCCUAAGCAUUGCUUAGUUAACUUUGAUUUGCGUCUCUAGGACCCCGGUGGGUUUUGAGCCCUGUGGGGGGUGAGCAGUUGAUUUGAGAUCCAGUCAUAAAGGGAGAUUUGAGCAGUAGGAAGGCAGGUUUUAAGAAGGUUUUAAGAUGUGUCUGGCAGCAAUGCACAUGAAGGCUACACAGCACAGAGGAAGGGCAGAGAGGCCAGCUGUAAAUAUCUCUAUAAAUCCACAUAGCCAGAUAUAAUAUUAUACCUUACAAAGAAUAUCUUGCCCUAAUGUGCUGCAAUAAGAGCAGUUGAACUCUACUGUGACUCAUACUCUGUAGGUUAAGUGACAAUGUGAGGUGGAGGUUUGGCAAUGAAACCUUUUCGGGAACUUAAACCUUCUGAGUUUGCCAUGGAUUAGUUUGUUUGAGCCUGAAAAUUGCCAGAUCUUCCCUUGUCAAGUCCUGUAUGUGGUCUGUUGUCUAUGUCAUUGAGCCUCAUCCCCAGCUGUCCCCAGCUGUCCCCAGCCCCUCCCCAGCCGUGCAAACCCCCACCUCCAGCUGACUGCCUCCAUCCCCUCCUUCUCCUCUUCUCACACCAAAUAACUCUGGAAGUGCAGUGUCCAGCUGGGUGCUGCCGGGAUACAGCCCAGAGCCUUUCUCAGCCCCAGCCAGUCAAAGAGUGCUUGGUAAUUUGGAGCUUUGGCAGCAUGUGGAAUGGAGUGACCCCCACUUUGCUCCUCUACCCACUUUCCUUCCCAUCCACUUUCCCCCUAGAAUCCCUUCUGUGCCACUACCACAGGAAGGACACCCCCAUCUGUCUCUCCAAAGUGUCAAUUUGUUGUGGGGAUAUGUGACAUGUUUCCUACCAAGUUCUUGCCCUUUCCGUCUGCCACUGUGGGGUGCCUUUGCACAGGUCAUGGAUGAUCUUUAAUGGAGCUUGUCAAGUGUAUUCUUAGAAUUCAUGUCACCUUGUUAAUAGCAGGGCUGCAAAGUCUUUGCACAUUUAGAGCUGAGUUUUGCUGAGACUGUGGCUGUUCCAAAUGAGGGUUCCUUAUUAUGUAUAUACAAGAACUAACCCUUUGAACUAUUAACUAAUGAAUACAUUCACUAAGCCAUCCAUCUUCAUGUUACCCUGCUGUGGUGAUGAGCUGUAACUUUCUAGCUAUUCUAUAGCCAAACAUCAAAGGAAAUCGUGACUUGUCCUACUAAAAGUGCAGUAUGUUCAUGUCUGUUGUAUAGUGUCCUGUGAUCAAUAUGAAAUCUAUAUUAUUGGUGUUGGGUUUUCAGGGGAGGGAGGGAGGAGAGUGUUAAUGUAUCUCUCUGAUAUACUUAAAUUAUGAAAUAGCCCCAGUUGGUCAGGGUCACUUCCAUGGACUCAAUUUGCUUGAGACUCUGUGCCCACCAUCUUGCCAGACUGCGUCCCCAGGGUCAGUAGUCAUCAGCAAAGUUGAAGGUGCCCGAGUAUAGCACAAUUGGCCAUGGUGCCUGACGUCAGGCAGUGCCAGAAGAUUCUUCAGAGUGCAGCCAAGUCAGUGACGCUCUGAAAGCAGAUGAAGUACAGUAAAAUCACACACGCGCGCGCGCACACACACACACACACACACACACACACACACACACACACACACGUCUUCAGAAGUAGAGCUGGGCCCAGGCAAGUGAAAACCAAGAAAAGAAGAGGAGGACCAAGCCCCAGCUGCCCUGAAUGCCCUGACCCAAAAAGGGGGCACAAAAGCACCAGAGCCUCAAGAGAUGACUGGUCACCUUCUUUUCCCUCAUUAAAUGUACAUUUUUGCAUGAAAAAGACCUUGAUCAGUGUGGACUUCAAAAAAAUAAAACAUAAAGAUAAAAUUAUGCUUCUGAAAAAUAUACUGAAA